AUGUUGCUGGAUAUCAACCGGAAACUCUUCACUCGUUCAGACCGCGUCAAGGGUAUCGACUUCCACCCCACUGAGCCCUGGAUCCUUACCGGUCUCUACAACGGCACGGCCAACAUCUACAAUCAUGACACCGGCGCACUGAUCAAGACGUUCGAGGUCGCGGAGGUCCCCGUGCGCUGCGUCCGCUUCAUCCCCCGCAAGAACUGGUUCGUCGCGGGCUCCGAUGACUUCCAGCUUCGCGUCUUCAACUACAACACGCACGAAAAGGUCGCGGCUUUUGAGGCUCACCCAGACUAUAUCAGAUGUCUCACAGUCCAUCCCACGGCAAGCAUCGUCUUGACGGGCAGUGACGACAUGACAAUCAGGGCAUGGGAUUGGGACAAGCAGUGGAGAUGCAUCCAGACAUACGAAGGUCACACCCAUUACAUCAUGAAUAUCGCGGUCAACCCCAAGGAUCCCAACACCUUCGCCUCGUCAUGUCUGGACCGUACUGUCAAGAUGUGGUCACUCGGUUCUGCCUCGCCAAACUUCACUAUGGAGGCGCACGACAAGGGCGUCAACUACGUCGAGUUCUAUCCCGGUGCGGACAGGCCAUACCUCGUUACUGCGAGCGACGACAAGACCGUCAAGAUCUGGGACUACCUGAGCAAGAGCUGCGUCCAGACCUUGGAGGGCCACUCGAACAAUGUGCUCUUUGCGGCGUUCCACCCCAACCUCCCUCUCAUUAUCAGUGGUGGGGAGGAUGGCACCGUGAAGUUGUGGAACAGCGGGACAUAUCGUCUUGAGAACACCCUCAGCUAUGCGUUGGAACGUGCAUGGUGCGUCGCACUCCGCAAGGCAUCCAACGAAGUCGCGGUAGGGUACGAUGAGGGUCUUGUGGUCGUCAAGCUCGGACGCGACGAGCCAACAUAUAGCAUGGACACCUCUGGCAAGCUUGUGUACACGCGCAACAACGAGGUCCUCUCUGCCAACCUUCAGACCGUCCAGGAGGACACGCUUGCGGACGGCAACCGGAUACCGCUCUCAAUCAAGGAGCUUGGUACGACCGAAGUCUUCGCGACGUCGCUGAUGCACUCGCCCAACGGCCGGUUUAUCACCGUUGUCGGAGACGGCGAGUACAUCGUCUACACAGCGCUUGCAUGGCGUAACAAGGCGUUCGGUAACGGCAGCUCAUUCGCGUGGGCGGGAGACUCGAACACGUACGCUGUCCUGGAGGGCAAGAUGAAGAUUCGGGUAUACAAGAACUUCCGCGAGCGCACUGGCACUGGCAUGAAGGGUGCUGGGUCGUGGGCUGUUGACGGUGUUCACGGCGGCACGCUCCUUGCCGCGCGGGGCGCUGGCUUUGUUGUGUUCUGGGACUGGGAGACCGGAGAAAUCGUCCGUCGCAUUGAAGUGGAUGCCAAGAAUGUCUACUGGUCGGGCACAGGUAACCUUGUUGCGAUUGCGUCCGAGGACUCGUUCUAUGUACUCCGGUUCGACCGGGACGCGUACAACGCGAAGCUCGAGCAGGGUGCGGACCUCGGCGACGAGGGUGUGGAAGAGGCCUUCGACCUUGUAGCGGAGAUUUCUGACAGCGUCAAGACGGCAAAGUGGAUAGGCGACUGCUUCAUCUACACCACCGCAGCGAACCGCCUGAACUACUUCGUCGGGAGCGAGUCUUACACGAUCACGCCCUUCGACACGUCUCUAUUCCUGCUCGGAUAUCUGCCCGCACACAACCGUGUCUACCUCGUCGACAAGGAUGUAAAUGUGUUCAGCUACUCGCUCUCUCUGAACGUGGUGGAAUACCAGACCGCGGUGCUUCGAGGGGACAUGGAGGGCGCGGCCGAGAUUCUGCCUUCAAUACCAAAAGAACACCGCAACAAAAUUGCAACCUUCUUGGAGAGCAGAGGCCUCAAGGAGCUUGCAUUGGAGGUCACGACAGACCCGGACCAGAAGUUCGAGCUCUCCCUACAAUUAGACGACCUCGAUGCGGCCGUCGAGAUUGCACGCACCGUCCCCGAGAUCGAGGCCGAGUCGAAGUGGAAGGCGAUCGGCGACCGGGCACUCGCCGUGUGGCGGUUCGAUCUCGCCCGCGAGAGCUUCGAGAAGGCAGGCGACGUAAGUGCGUUGAUGCUGCUGCUGCUCGCUAUCGGGGACCGGGAAGGCUUGGCGAAGCUCGCAACUCUCGCAGAGGAGAAGGGGCAGAACAACCUCGCGUUCGCCACCCUGCUCCAGCUGGGCGACCCCAAGCCGUGUGUUGAUCUGCUGAUCAAGACGCACCGCGCGCCAGAGGCCGCCAUGUUCGCGCGCACGUACGCACCUGCGCAGGUGCCGGAGGCGGUGAAGGCAUGGCAGGGCGACCUGCAGGCGAAGAAGCGGGCGAAGGUGGCGGCGGCCAUAGCCGACCCAUCUGUGAACCCGGAGCUGUUUGAGGAGGGCUGGGAGGAGGCACUGCAGCGCGAGGCCGGUGCGCCGGCGCCUCAAGCAACGCUCACGAACGGCGACGCAGACUCAGGUGGGCUGUUAUCAUCUUCGCUCGUCAAAACACCCGCCCAUGACAUAACUUCCUCAGGAUCAGAGGAUGAGGAGGACGAGGAGGAGUCGUAG